AUGUUCAUAGAGAAAAUGAUGGUUCUUGGAUUAGAGAAAAGACAAGAUGCAACAGAUCUAAAAGAAAAAGUUGUUUUAGAAGAAGAACAACAACAAUCUGAAUUUAAAAAUAAAAUAAUUGAGACGGUAGAAAAUAGAGACGAACUUAUAAAAUAUUCCUUUAAUAUUAUUUGGAAAGCUACCGAAGGCAAAAUAACCAAUACCACUUUUAAUACGAACCCAUUGUUUUCUGUUACCUUUUUUUUAAAUGAUGAAACUUCUGAAACAUUACAUUUGAACGCACCAAAUGUGGUCUUAAAUCUUACGAAGCAAAAUGAGGUUCCAAUUAUAAUUGAUGAUGAAAAGGAUCAAGGAAGUGAAUUUCAAGAUUUGGAUCCUGUAACCUAUUCUUGUACGAUUCAAAAAAAUGUUAUACAAGCUGAAGAUAUUAAUCUUAACAGGAUGGACAUAGAUGAUAAGGGAGAAAAAAUAUUGCGAACUGAUGAUAAUUCAAUUGAAUGUGAUAAUUCUGUGUCACUACCUUUUGAGGAAAGUGAGGUUAUUCAAAAAAAUAAAGCGCAAAAUUUAAAUUCGAAUAAUCAGGAAUCAAUCGAAUCUGGAUCAGAUGAAUAUGAUGACACGGAUGAGAAGAUAAAUAAAAUGAUAUUUGAUGCUUUAGCUUCUUCACGUGCAAAAAGUAAAGAAAUCAGUUCAGCAAAAAAUAGUACUUACAGGAAGAAAUCUCAAGAUAGGACCAUUAAAUCUGAAAUAAAUAAGGUGUUCAAGGUAGUAAAAAAUAAUUAUGAUAAGGAUGAUAAUCAUAGUAAUAUAGAAUGUAUCUCUUCAACAUUGACAAAAGAUAGUCCACUACCAAGCGAAAAUGAACUUAGUGAUAUUGAAUAUGUCGAAAUUGAAAGAACUUCUAUAAUUAAUGAACCUAAUAUUGGAUCAGGAGGUAUACCUUUUGUUUUUGUUAAUGAUCCUAUUCCAGAAUUUUUUGUUGAUAAAACUUCACAUGAUUCUAUUUUGGUUGAAUAUAAAGAUUUAGAUGAAGAAAUCGAAGAACUAGAAAAUUUAGCUCGAAAGCGCAAAAUCAACCGAAAUUAUAAAGCAUCAAAAAAGGCUAAAAAUGAUACAUCAACAACUAUUAGAGUAGAAUCUUCAAAUUCAAAGGAUUCAGAGUUUUCAGAAUUAGAUUAUGAUAUUAAUUUA